UUCACCUAGCCAUUCUGCGUCUCUCCCCCUUUUUUCUCCCCCACUUCCUCCGGCAAGCUGACCUUUGGUGUCAGUCUGAUUUCCUUAUAGGUGUAGACAGGAGCCACAACAGCCGCUGCACCGGAUACCUCCUCCUUGUCCUUGUUAAUUAUUAUUUUUAAUUAGAAGUUGAAUGGCCCUGAGUGCCAGCCAAAAUGGAGCGCAAGUGUAUGGGACUGAUCUGCUCUCUCUCCACCACCAAACGCAUCAAAAACUGCAUCCCUCCAGAAGUUCACAUCACCACCAUCAUGACGAAGACAUGAAAAAGGAUGGAGCGGCUGAUUCCUUUUGGUCCAGGCCUGAAUCUCGAAUAUGGACCUUGAUGCUGCUGCUCGGAACCUGCUUACUCUACUGCGCCCGGGUCACGAUGCCCAUCUGUGUCGUUGCCAUGAGCGCUCGCUUUGACUGGGACAAGAAACAGUCCGGCAUUGUACUGAGCAGCUUCUUCUGGGGCUAUUGUUUAACUCAGAUUCUUGGGGGCCAUCUGAGUGAUCGGAUAGGAGGAGAGAAAGUCCUCCUUCUCUCUGCAUCAGCCUGGGCGUCUAUCACUGCCAUCACCCCUCUGCUCGUCUAUGUCGGCUCUGCCCACCUGGUUCUUAUGACCUUCUCCAGGUUCCUCAUGGGGCUGUUGCAAGGGGUCCACUUUCCUGCCUUGGCCAGCUUACUUUCCCGGAAGGUCCGGGAAAGUGAAAGAGCGUUCACGUAUAGCACCAUAGGAACAGGAUCUCAGUUUGGGACGCUGGUGAUGGGGGCAGCAGGGUCCCUCCUCCUUGACUGGUACGGAUGGGAAAGUGUGUUCUACUUUUCAGGUGUGCUGACGUUGCUCUGGGUCUACUGCAUGUGCAAAUACCUCCUGCAUGAAAAAGAAAUCAUUAUCCCAUUCGAAGACUUAAUGAAGGGGCUCUCCUUAUCCAAACAGACCAAAGUGCCGUGGAAACAAAUAUUUAAAAAGGCCCCUGUGUGGGCCGUGAUCAUAGCCCAGCUGUGUGCAGCCAGCACCUUUUUCACCCUGCUCUCCUGGCUCCCGACUUUCUUCACGGAAACGUUUCCUGAUUCAAAAGGAUGGAUAUUUAAUGUAGUCCCGUGGCUGGUGGCCAUCCCAACGAGUUUGUUCAGUGGAUUCCUUUCUGACCGAUGCAUCAAUCAAGGAUAUAAAGCGAUCACCGUUCGCAAGUUUAUGCAGUUCGUUGGCUCAGGUGUAUCCAGCAUCUUCGCCUUGGGCAUAGGCUACACCUCCAGUUUUUGCCGAGCGGUUGUGUUCGCAUCUGCCUGCAUUGGAUUUCAGACCUUCAACCACAGUGGGAUCUCGGUCAAUAUACAGGAUCUGGCUCCUUCAUGUGCCGGCUUAUUGUUUGGUGUGGCAAACACUGGUGGAGCCUUAUUAGGUGUCGUUUGUGUGUACUUCGCUGGACAUCUGAUCGAAAGCACUGGUUCUUGGGUAUCUGUUUUCCAUCUCGUGGCAAUGGUGAACGCCUUCGGGCUUUGUACGUUUCUGGUCUUUGGCAAAGCCCAAAGAGUGGACACAAACACUGCCCUCGUAGACCUAUAAGCUGAUCCCUGGGCCAGAUCAGGCAAGCACCAAAAGGCAUCAGAGUCAAAACACCGGAACUUAACCUAGACACCGAAAUAAUUUUAUUAGCUGUGGAAUGAAGGAAGUCCACACCUUCACAAACUGAUUCUAUGGGGCAUUGAGCCCCCUGCUGGCCUUUCCAAACUCCAUUUUGUUGGUGCAGCAUUUCACCCGUUUUGCUGCUGACCUGCAAGAUGGUCACGCUGUGCUGUUGGCAGACUUUGGUUCCUUUUUCUAUUGGGAUAAUGUUGUUUAAAUGUCAAAGAAUCACCAAAAAAACCCACCGCACUUCACCAGAUGUAGCUCAUUGGUCCCUUUUCUUGGAAGCAGGAAGAACUUGGACUGACUCCGUCCGUAAGAAAGAGGAUUUAUUUUCUGCCACCGUCCUUGAGGUUGCACUUGAAACAUGUGAAAACAGGAGGGUUCCCCCCACCCACCCCGUACUUAUGAUUUUAAUGUUCUGUUUCAGAGCCCCUGAAGCCAUUGCUGUGAAUUUCCCAUCCAUACAAACAUGCCUGAAACUCCUUUGAGUUUUCUCAGCUGUAACUUGGAGAUGUCCAGAUGAUGGCUUUAUGUGUGCAAUAAUUACUUGGGUUUUUGUUAUUCAGUGGUACCUCUGGCCCAGGGAUGUUCCACCUUUGGCUCUUGGGGGCUUGGUCUGCCUCCAUGGGCCUUGCUCCCUGGAUCCUCAACCUUCACUGCUAUUGGAGCAGCUACCGGGAGCUUGGGGAGGAGACAUGGAGAGAAGUCCCUGCUGUUAUUUCCAAUCACAGUUCAGAGAUAACAGUAGGAAUUCUCCGUGCUGCUGCUUCCUUUCCCAGUUGGGGAGGGUUCCGUUUGGUGGCAGUGGGGAGAGAGAUUAUGCUUCAUUUGGACUUCCCUAGCUAGAGAAAUGCCAGACAACAGUGCAGUUGAACAAGCCCAACUCCCCUUUGCUCCUAUGCUGAGAGGGACUUGGCUGACCCUGUUUCCCCCAGUGGGGAAGCCACAGGAUGAGCAAAACAGUGUGCAGCGAAGCCUGGUCCACAGCUGAAGCCCCAGGAGGAAGAGCCACGUGGUGCUUCGGCCAGGGAGCAAGUGGCGUCUAGUGGACGCAUACCCAUGCCCACACCCGCACACACUGUGUAUUUUCAGAGUCAAGUUCUAUUUUAUUUUAUUGUUCUCUGGAGGCUGUGUUUUACUGUUAUAUCACACGAGCACCAGAGUGCUGAUCUGGCCAUUUACAAAAGCCAGUAGAGAAAAAAAUAAAAUAAAAAAUGGCAAGCGCUACGAACACUUUAGAUGUAACCCUAUUGAGAAUUUACUUGAGGAUUGCAUGAAGACCAAAAAUGCUGUUCCAGGAUUGUGUUAUAGAAAAGACACGGUAAACCAGCUUAGAUUGCCUGUCCUCGUGCCCAUCCAAAGACUCCGAGGCAGAAGCAUCAACAUUUAGAAAGCACAGAUCCAUGUGGGCCCGUAGAGUGACUUAUGGACCCAGCGGAGCAAAGAAUCUCUAUGCAUUCCCACCAGAACUGUUGAACAACGUGGAAGGAUGAGCUCAUACGGGGCUUAUGGGAAACAGGCCGUCUGUUCCCAGCCUAGAUCAAAGUUCAUGUGAAAGACGGGUUGGAAUAAAUCAAGGGAGAAGUGUCUUGCAUUUUGGGAACUGUGUCUCUAGCUUAAUGAAAACCCUCUUUAUGCCUCCACCCUUUAAAAGAAAUUAUAUCUCCAAGUCUGUCAGGUUGUAUUUUUCCUCCAGUGCCUAAAUUACUGUGAAUGGUAACAGAACCAGUCCUUAACUCAGCCACUUGUGCCUUAGCCUUCGUUGGAAUGAGUAAAAGCCAGAUGUACAAAAGGACUGGUUUAGAGGUCAGGUUCUGUAGGUUGAGGGUCACUGAACAACAAUGGGAAGGGUUCUGCAGGCAGCCUGGGAUUACAUUUGUGUAGCCUGGAUUUCAAAGCCUUAAGUCUUUCUCCCUUUCUACACCAUACCAGUGUAGCGGGAGGGAUGGGGG